AUAAAUCGUUGUGGCGGGAAACGAUUCUCUAGUUUUUUUUUUUAAUAACUUUAAUAUUGUUGAAUAACGCCACAAAGUUACUAGAAAGUUAUUACAAGAGAGUUCAAUACAAAAUCUACACUUAUAUACGAUGGAAACAGCAGAUGAAAAUAGUAACCAGAGUUCUCAAUCCAAUGUGCCGCAUAUUUUCAAAUCUCAACAAGAGUUAGACUCAGAUUCGGAAUUGCACGUCGAUGAUACUCUUCGGAUGGAGGAAUCAGAUGAUGAAGCUUCCGUUGAUUUACUAAGUGCUAAUAAUGAAUUAACACCAGUUGGAGAAAAUACGACUGAGAAACUGAAUCAGAACCAAGAAACAUCAUCUAAUGGGCAAACAAAGAAUGCUAACGGAGAAGUAUUGUGUUCUGAUACAAUCGAUUCCCAAACGGAUGGAGAGGAUGCACUGACAAAUAAUAAAAAUUCUACUAAAAAAACAUUAAAAAUCAUUGAUAGUGAUUCUGAACAAAAUCAAUUGAUUAAUAAUAUAACUUCAAAGGCAAGGUUUUCCAAAAUAAUUGACAGCGACACGGACGACAACUUUGAAAACGACCAAAACGUAUUAGAGCACAAACAAGUAAUGGGUACUAUGGAAAAUAAAGAAAAAUCAAUGAAUCGACUAAAAUCUUUAAUCGAUUCGGAUUCUGAUAGUUCCAACAAAGAGUCCGAUACAAAAAACACCAAAAGAAAAAAACUUAAAAGCAAAAAGGAGCGUGAAAAGACGAGGAAAAAUGGAGCUCCAAAAGAUUUAUUGGCAAGUCUAAAUUUAGAUUUUAGUGAUGAUGAUUGCCACAAUGUAGAACAAGCGGAUACAAAUAGUAGUUGUGGAAGCGACUCGAAUAAUAGUGAUGAAGAAACAUUAAAUGGUAAAGAAUCGAAAUCCGGCAAUAUCAAUUCCGAGAAUAAAUCUCAAAGGAUGUCAGCUAAAAUGGCCAUGGAUCAAAUGAAAGUCAUACAAAGUGAGUCUCAGCGAAUGGCUCGUGAAGCGAACAUUGAUGUUCCGUACCACCGCCCGAAACAGCACACGCUCCAAGAGUAUCUCAACCGACGAAUGGUUCAUAAAUCAAAUGACAGUAAUGACGGACGUAAAAAAAUAGCAGCUGCCAUUAAAAUGACACCCGAAGAAUUAGAAGCCUACGCAAAGCGAUUAGAGGAGCGUGAGAAAGAAGCUAUGGAAUUUUUCAAAAAUGAAACAGAUGAAGAAAUUGAAAGUACUGAGCAUGUCAGCGCAGUUCAGCUGGAUAGCAAGCUUCUUAGUAACGAGAAAGCGGACGUUUUCCCUCAAGAAGAAACUAGAAUUGAUAGUCUUCCUGAUUAUGCAACACAAAAUCAACUUGAUUCGAAUCAGAAUGCUAAUGACAUCCAAAUGCUUGAAGUCAAUCCACAAGCUGAUCGUAUUGAGAAUUCACCAACUGAAAAAGAUGACGAGGUUGUCGACAAAACUCAUGAGAAUACAGAAAAAUUAUUAGUUCUUCAAACAGAACAUACAGAUAAACCUACGACGCCGGCAACGAACAUCAACGUGGUCGAUAAACAAAAUAAAACAGUCGAUUACGACAUUUUUCCCGAACCAUCAUGUUCCAAACUAGUGUCAAAAAAUGUCGAGCUACUCGCAGAAGCUAACAUACCCUUGUAUCCUACGUUGCAUGGCAGUCCCAACAUGGUAAUCGAUUUAGACUCUGGAGACGUCGUACCACAGGCGCCAACUGGUGCAGCGAUUCUUCUGGAACGCUUUGCUAAGUGCAGUGGUAAAAAAUCAAAAAAAAAUGCAAAUUUAAACAUACUAAGCACUGAUAAAGGAACGAUCCAAAUGGAUACCAUUGUGCUGCCGGUAAAUCCGGACGAUCGUGAUCCUAAUGGUAAAGAACCUGUUCCAGGUGCAUCUUUCAUGAAACUACGACAAAGUCUACGCGAGAAAAUGGAGCAAAGUCGCAGAGAAGCGUUUCUCAAGCGACAGAUGGAAUCGCAACAGGCAAAACAGUUGGAUGACGACGAAGAAGAGGAGGACGAGAUUCUUGAUGAAUCGGAAGAGUUCGACUGUCAAACUGCGGUUGAUGACGACGAUGAGGAAAAGGUUAUUGAACAGACGGAGACAACUGAGAAAAACGUCGGUGGUCUAAUUGAUGAUGAAGCGGACGAGAUCGAUAGUGAGCAAGGCGAUGAAGAUGAUGAAGAAAACGAGGAGAGCAACGUAGACGAUGAUGAUAGUUCGAGUGAAAACGAACCGACCGAGCAAAUAGUUGAGCCUGGAACGAAAAAGAAGUCUAGAAUUAUUGCGGCUUUCGUGGACUCCGAUGAUGAUGAUGAUUUGGUUUCGAAAAAAAUGUCUCAAGAUAAACAACAGGCUUCAACAGAAGCAACAACAGAAAAAGAUGAAUUGUUAACGACACUGGAAGACACAAACAAAUUCACUGCAUCAGAUCGGGAGAAUCUAGAAUCGGGAGACACUAUAAAACUUCUUUGGAAAGAUACCGACGAACCAGUCACUGCAACGCAAGCAGAUGACGACCUUCUAGACCUAUGUUCGGGAAGUUUCGGUGGAGUCACUCAGGUUCCAUCGCCGCUGAUAUCAGCCUCUCAAGAUACUAAAUCUAUAAACUUGAGUACUGGUUCGAUGUUCACAUUUAAUACUCAAUCGGAUUUAGAUGAUUUGUUGCCUUCGGAAAGUAAGAAAACAGCCACCGAUGCUUUAUUUACUCAACACAAUGACAAGAAUCACGCGAAUGACGAUGAACUGAUGGCCCUGUGCUCGGGUACAUUUACUACACAGCGUCAGUCAGUCGAACAACAACAGAAUCCUGAGGGUGAACUCCCGAAUACUGUGGUUAGUAAAGGAAAGCUGGUUUUAGCUUCUUCCGACGAGGAGAAUGACGAAAGUGAUAGUAAGAGGCCGAAAAAACGAAAACAGAAAAAAAGGACCAAAAUUUCAGACGACGAAGAGAGCCUUUCCGACGAUGAUCUAGUAGACGAAGAAUUCUCUGAGACCAAUGAACCAGUAGAACCCAUCGAUGAAGAUGAAGCUGAACGUUUUGUGGACUAUGAUUCGGAAGAAAAUGAGGUCGAAGUUGUUAUGACCAAGAAGGAUAAACAAAAAGUGGCAAACGCUUUCCUUGAAAACGAGGCAGAAUUAUCGGAAUCUGAAUGGGGUAGUGCCGAUGAAGACGAGAAAGAUCUAGAUCGAUAUGAUCUUGAGGUUGGAGACGAGGAAAAGUUUGAUCAAAAUAAGUUGCAUGAAGAAUUGGAACGAAUCCAUGCUCGAAGAAUGUUGGAGCAAGACAAGAAGGAAGUAAAAACUCUUCAAGAAAUCUUUUUUGAAGACGAAGAGAAAGAUGGUAUUGGCCGUGAGAGGCAAUUCCGCUGGCGGAACGUUGAAACUACUUUCAGUUUGGAUUACAACAAAGAACACGCAGACGAGGACAAUGCUGAUGAACAAGGAGGAAGCGAUAAUGAGACCGAACUGCAGUGGCGGAAACUUCGCCACGAAAGAGAACUAUUACUGAAAGAAAAGAAAGUUAACCUGGAUGAGGUCAAUUUCACAACGUUAUUGGAUAAGACAUUUGAGGAUGAUGAAAAUAACUCGAGUGUUAACAACACAAUGACGUCAUUGGGAAUAAAGAAAAAAAUUACGAUUGUUCGGACCAAGAAAACAAGCGACGUCAUCACUCCUAAGGAUUCGCCAUUCUUGAUAACAAAAUCUUCCAUUGUUCAGGGUCAUAAAGCUUCUUUUCUAUCUCGGGACAAUGACACGUUGAAUAAACUAGCCAGUUUAGUAAAAGUUCCCGAUGUCGAAGGUACUAGCACCGUGAAUGCAGCAAAAGGCAGGAAUUUUGUGUUUGCUGCUGUCAGUCCAGCUGUGGAUAAAACGGGAACUAAGCGCUCAUUGGAUGCAGAAACAGAUGAUUCUCCGCAGAAUACCAAGAAAGUCAAAACGGGGUCUAUUAGCUUCAAUGCAAGUGUUCCUACUAAGAAGCGGUUGCUACUAGAACAAUUGAUAUAACUGCACAUAAUACAAAUGAAAGAACGAUUCCUCAUGUGGAAUAAAAAAAAGCAAUCCAAUAUCAUUCAGUACUUAUUAUCU